GCAGCUUCAACACGACCAAGCCCAAGAUUCUUCUGUCUCUCUCUGACAGGGAGGAAAUGUCGCCAUAGAAGAAGCUUCACAAACAAUUCUCUCUCUCUCUCUUUUGUUCACACGAUUUCUUCUCAAUUAUAUAUUUAUAUAUUAUAGCUUCAUUUCUUUAGUGGGAGAUUUCCGUGGAUUUCAAUUCGGCUCCGAAAAAGUCAAGAACCUCUUCUUUUGCUUUCCAGGUAAGUAUUUCUCCCCCAUUUAAGCUCUCUUCCUUUUUGGGGGGUUUCAUCUCGAUUUCUCGCUCUUGCCCUAGUUUCGAUUUCCGCAGCACGGGUAUUUGGAAGAAUUAUUUGGCGAUCUGAUCCAUCUCAUGAUUAGUCUUCGAUCACCGAAUCGACGAACCGUGAAAUUCGCAUCUAAAACUCCGUUCUUCUAUUCGAUCACCUACCUCUUUCUGCCGUCCGACGUGUUCUUUAUACGUUACUUCAAUUGCUCUAGAUUUCGCCUAAAAAUUUGACCCUUUUGCGUUACCGAUCCCUUAAAGCUCGAAUCCCUGUCCCUACAACAUCUCGUAGCUGCAAGUUCCUCAAAUUCAGUGUUGUUCAGUUUGAUUCGACCCUUUUGUUUUGUGGUGAAUACACAAGAAGUUUGUGCUGGAGCGUUUUUAGAAGAUAAAGAAAUGGCAGACAGGUUUAGGUUGAUUUCGUUUGAGGAUCUUCCUUCCCAUUUGGUCUUGGAGGUAUUGACAUCUGGUCGGCUUAGUGCAUUAGAUCUUGUCAGACUCGAAAUGACCUCCAAGAUUUUCGGAGUGAGCCACGGGUUAUACCCUUUGAAAUUCCGGUCGCUCGUGGAUUUCGCGGCAGCUCAGCUUUGCUCCGUGAAUCCUAUCUAUGCCGGGAUGAGUUUGGAUAGUCGGAAAGAGCUCUUUGCCCGUUGCGAUGGCAACUGGAAGCGGCUUUUGGGGUUUCUGCAGUCGGUUGAAAUGGCCUCGGAUAUGGUCGAAACCUCCACAGGCAAUAUGCAAAUCACGACGGGGAGAUACCACACGCUGCUAAUAUGCAACUCCAAGGUUUAUUCAUGCGGUUCGAGUUUGUGUGGGGUUCUUGGUCAUGGACCCGAAACUACUCAAUGCGUUGCAUUUACGCCCAUUAGUUUCCCGUUCCCGUCGGCCCAAGUCGUUCAUGUCUCGGCCUCCCAGAAUCAUGCUGCUUUUGUAUUGCAAUCCGGAGAGGUCUUCACGUGUGGGGAUAACUCGUCGUUCUGUUGCGGCCAUGGGGAUACUAUCCGCCCGGUAUUUAGGCCAAGGCUUGUUGAAGCUUUGAAAGGGAUUCCUUGUAAGCAGGUCGCCGCUGGGCUGAACUUCACGGUGUUUCUGACGAGGGAAGGGCGUGUGUAUACGUGCGGAACAAACACGCAUGGGCAGCUUGGCCAUGGAGACACACUGGACAGACUGACACCGAAAGUGGUGGAACAGCUAGAGAGCAUUGGCUCGGUGGUGCAAAUUGCCGCUGGGCCGAGCUAUGUAUUGGCUGUAACCGAGAAUGGAUCGGUUUACUCGUUUGGGUCUGGUUCUAAUUUCUGCCUCGGACACGGAGAGCAGCAUGACGAGUUCGAGCCACGAGUUGUUCAGAGCUUUAGAAGAAAGGGUUUGCACAUAAUCCGUGUCUCUGCAGGCGAUGAGCAUGCCGUUGCUCUUGGCUCCAAUGGUCAUGUAUAUACGUGGGGAAAAGGUUACUGUGGCGCUCUCGGGCACGGGGACGAGAACGACAAGACGAUCCCGCAGUGUUUGCAGAAUCUUAAGAACCACCUCGCUGUCCAGGUAUGUGCAAGGAAGAGGAAAACCUUUGUUCUGCUGGAAGGGGGAUCGGUGUAUGGAUUCGGAUGGAUGGGAUUUGGAAGCCUCGGAUUCCCAGACAAGGGAGUCUCCGACAAGGUUCUCCGACCACGAGUCCUUGAGUGUCUCCGACCACACCGUGUCACUCAGAUCAGCACCGGCUUGUACCACACAGUCGUCGUCACCCAGCGAGGACGCUUGUUCGGGUUUGGAGACAACGAACGGGCUCAGCUCGGCCACGACUCGCUCCGUAACUGCCUCCGACCCACUGAAAUAUUCCUCCAUUGCGGCCGCGGCAGCGGUAGCGGCUAAACUCAAUCAACUAGACCGGACCGGACCGGACAUCAGUUUUAACUGUUCGUGUGUUAACUUUGUUGGUGUGUGUUUUUGUACCGUUGGGACCAAUUUGAUUGCAUGAGACUUCGUUUUUUUUUUUUUAAAUACGUUUUCGCUUAUUACUUGUCAGUGGCUUCUUGGUGAAUGCCCUUGAAGAAUUUUUAGAUUUACUGGAUUUUCCACAUUC